ACGACGACCUUUGACAGCAGGCUUGUUUGCAGUGCACGUUGGGUUGUCACACAUCGACAGGAGAGUUUGAGCAGCAGGCAAUUCACCAUCAGCUGUUGUUGCGGCGUCUCGGAUGAUGACGUCAAAGCGCAGCCCGCUCACCACGCACGUGCUCAACACCAGCGACGGCGUUCCCGCCGCACGAGUGUCCCUCAGCCUGCAUCGACUCGACUCGCAGCUCAAGCUCUGGAACAUGCUCAACAUGGGGAUGACCGACGAAGACGGCCGCUGCCCGGGUCUCAUCAGCCGGGAAGCAUUCUUGCCGGGAAUGUAUAAGUUGCGCUUUGAGACGGGCGCAUACUGGACCAGCCUGGAACGCGACUCCUUCUAUCCCUACGCUGAGGUGGUGUUCACUGUCACGGAUUCAAUGCAAAACAUCCACCUGCCGCUGCUUAUGAGCUGCUUCUCCUACAGCACCUACAUGGGAAGCUGAGGAUCGCCGCACCCCAUUGUCAUGAAAAGACUCGCGCACGCGCACACACACACACACACACACACACACACACACACACACACAC